AUGAAGGACAUUCUCAUUCACCUCCAGCAAGACGUCAUCUCACACCUGCGGGAAGUGUUCAUGGACGAGGCAGCUCUCGACCUCCACAUGCUGAAGGAGACGUCGGACGAUUGCCAAGUAAAUGCGACAGUAUGCCUGGGCCAGCUGUAUCAACGCAUGUCCACCGCUACGGCGGCGAUGAAACAGAUGGCUCGUCCGUACGUCGACGAGCCAGACAAGGUCCAGCUCCCGGCUUCGCUGGCCUAUUCAAGCAGCCGCAGUACGCACUCCUCCUACGGUGGGAGACCGUAUGACCUCCAGUCGACUGGAUCGUAUACGACCUAUAGCUCACGAACAGCUAUCGGCCAUGACCACAAAGCAUCUGGCGGCCUGACGCCGCAACGAAGGAUCUCUAUGAACUCGACGCUCUCUUAUUCAAGCGAGCCCCCGAAGAUUCGUACGCCGGGUGAAGACAACGUGCCGGCUCUCCCUUUUGCCAUGCAACAACAGCCCAGCCAUGGUGCUGUGCAGACCACCUCAGACCUUUUGACACAUAAUUACCGACCACAAGAGCGCGUUCUUUCACCCAGCGCUGGCCCUCCGCCUUACCAGCAGGAUCUACUCAGACCCGUCUACACUACUGACGACAAGGGACAAAGGUUUCCCCCAGACUCAAGCUUUUACCAACCGCCACCGAUCGAUGUGCAGAAGCACGUGGCACAAAGUCCUCCACUGCAGCCUAGUCCACGACUAGCACCCGAAAUGAAUGAGUCGGGCGCCACAACCCCGGCACACGCGCAUGAGCUAGAUACUGGGCCACCCGCUGAGCGACCAACGAGAGAGGAGGGGUCGACAGUACCCAGCUUCUCUCCUCAAAGUCCUCCGUUGAGUCAAAGACAGGCUGUCCCGGUGAAUCCGGACUACCCCACGCUGGAGUUUGUCGCAACAACAAACUCUCGGGGGCGACCACCUCCACCCUCGAUACCCAGCAUACCGGAAUACCAAUAUCAGCAACAACAAGUCCAGCAGUCCAUGCCGGUUCCAUAUCAACAUCAGCAGCAGCCCGUGUCAAGACAGCCGAUCUUCAACUCUCCAAUCUCGCGACCGCAACCCAGCAGCGCAGAAGCGGAAGCACUGCCUGCCCCAACGGACCCUCUCUUCCACCAAAGGGUUCCUCCGAUCCACUCGGCUCCUCGGCCACUCUCGAUACGUUCCACGAGCUCGACCGGGUCCAAGAUUGCAUCAUUUGCGAUACGGAAAGGGCUCCCACCUGGGAUCGCAGACGCGAUACACAAACCCUCCUCAGGCGCGCUAGAGGCGCAAUUCAAUGGCCAACCUCGCUAUGUCAGACCGAAGCCGCUCGAUUUCAGCAAUGGUAGGGAAGGGUCGCAGGUGGCCAGCCCGACUUCGCCGAUAGCGCAACAAAUCGAUAGCAUGCUAGAGGGCAUGACCACGAAAUCGGCAUCAGCAUCGGUAUCGACCGCAGACAAUGGAUCCCUGGAAGCAAAAAUGCGCCUUUCCGGAGUCCCGAUAAUCUCGCCGGAUGUGCAAAUAUCUCGAUCACAGCUCAACAUACCAAGCGAGUCGAACCUAGCGGGAUUCUGCAAGGGCGCAGUGCGACAACAACUCGGGGCACGGAAAAAGGGUUUUACCCUCGAGCACAAGAGAGGCCUGAAGGGACACGAGUAUUUCUGGCGAUGUAGCAAAUGCAACUUUGAAGGACCGGCGGCGGUGUCCAAAGCACUGCCGAGCGGUGGCCGGGGCUCAGCCAAGGUGGAGAAGACGAUGGACACGACAGUCCGACGCUCGGCAGGCGGCAUCAAGUACCGGUGGAACUUACUUGCGAAGUGUCACGUGUCGAAGAAGUUGACGAUCGGCGACGCGCUCAAUAGCGGCGACAUCUUUGCGUGCUAUUUCUGUUGCGCAGAGGGGGCGGCCAAGGGCUGGCUUGACAAUGGUGUGACGACGCAGCUCGCCAAUUUGGGCGUGUUCGGGGAGAAGAAAGCGACGGCGGUCAACGUGACGCCGACGUUCUCUGCGCUGGACGCGUUCUUGGCACAUCUGGAUACACAUCGACUGCCGAAUCGCACGCCGGGCUUGAUUGUGGCGAAUGAAAUGAACUGUAUCAUUGGGAGGGUUGCGCUUGACCAUGAGGAUUUUGAUCUCAAUCUGCCGCCGUGA